CACUUCAAAAAGCAUAUCUUGCCUUGCUGUUGAAAUUCCACUUAGCAAGCUAUUUAAAACGGAAAGGGAGUCUGUACAAAUUACUGAUCUUAUUGGCUGUACUUCUUCUAUCCACUGAAGAGCUAGGAAUAUUGCUAUUGUCUCUGUAGUAAAAACAGAUAUAUGAUCUCAAAUUCUUUUUGAAAUUUUUAAAACAGCUUUAAAAAUAAGAACAGGUCAAUCGUACUAUUAUUUCCGGUUCACAUAUUUAAUGAACGACGCCCUCUGAUGGUCGUAUUAGAAAAAUUAGUUUUUUCAAGUUAGUUUUAACUACAAAAUAACAAUUAUUUUAAACAUCCCCUUUUGUGAAUAUGUGUGGUGAUUAUGGGUGUUUGAUAUAUUAGGAUAAAUAGUAUGCAGUUUCUAUAAUAUAAAAAUGUAUAUAAAGAAGAAUGAAUCUGUGCAGCGUCUGUGCUGUUAAUUGUGUGGACAGUUGUCUGAUUCCAAUGACAAAAUGAGCACCCACGCUCUGCUGGUUCUGUACGGGAGUCAGACGGGCACAGCGCAGGACACAGCGGAGCGGAUCGGCCGCCAGGCGCAGAGGAGGCGGAUGAGAGUCCGAGUGGAAGCUCUGGACAGUUAUAAUGUGGCGAACCUGAUCUCAGAGUCUCUGGUAGUGUUUGUCUGUGCCACCACAGGACAGGGGGAUCCUCCAGACAAUAUGAAGACAUUCUGGAGAUUCCUGUUCAGGAAGUCUUUGCCUGCUGAUUCUCUUUGUCGUCUUGACAGUGCUGUGCUGGGACUUGGAGACUCCUCGUAUCCAAAGUUUAACUUUGUUGCUAAGAAGCUCCAUAAGCGUUUGCUUCUGCUUGGUGCUAAUAUGCUGCUGCCUGUUGGACUGGCUGAUGAUCAACAUGAUCUGGGGCCAGAUGGUGUGAUUGACCCCUGGUUGAUUUCGUUCUGGCAGAAAGCCCUGUCUCUCUACCCUCCUCCAGCUGGCCUCGCUCCACUCCGUGAGGAAGAAAAACUUCCACCCCGAUAUGUUUUCCACUUCCUAGAUGAAGUCCCAGACAAGCAGACUGAGCAUCUCCAGACCCCUGAUAAUAAGGCCCCUCCCACCCCACUGCAGCCUUUUCCAGCUGGAGUUGUGUUCAAUCAGAGAGUGACUCCUCCUUCACACUUCCAGGAUGUCAGGCAUAUCGAGUUUGAUAUCACCGGCUCCAACAUACAGUACAGUCCAGGAGAUGUUGUAAUGAUGAGACCCUGUAAUGCUGCAGAGGAUGUGGAGCAGUUCUGUCAACUACUAAAACUUGGCCCGGAGAGAUACUUCACACUGACUCCCACUGACAGCAGCACAGCAGCAGUCCCUGCGCAUCUUCCUCAGCCCUGCUCCGUUCGCUUUCUGGUGGAACAGUUCCUGGACAUUUCUGCUGUUCCACGCCGUUCCUUCUUUGAGGUGUUGGCCACUUUUGCCACUAAUGAGCUGGAGCUGGAUAAACUUUUGGAGUUCAGUUCCGCUCAGGGUCAGGACGGUCUUCACUCCUACUGCAACCGACCCCAUCGAACAGCCCUGGAGGUACUGGCAGACUUCCCUCAUACCACAGCCGAGUUGAGCAUUGACUGCUUGUUGGAUCUUUUUCCAGAAAUUCAGCCUCGCUCCUUCUCUAUUGCCUCUUCUCUCUUGCAACACCCUAACCGCAUCCAGAUUUUGGUUGCCGUGGUGAAAUAUAAAAGCAUGCUUUUUAAGCCACGCAAAGGCCUCUGCUCUUCCUGGCUGGCAUCUCUGGACCCUUCUAAAGGAGAUGUUUACGUACCACUGUGGGUGAAGAAGGGAAGUUUGAGUUUCCCUCAGGACCCAGACACCCCUGUUAUAAUGGUGGGACCAGGGACUGGUGUGGCUCCCUUCAGAUCUGCCAUACAGGAGAGGGCUGCUCAGGGGAAGAUGGCUAAUGUGCUAUUCUUUGGCUGUCGGUCUGAAUCAAAAGACUUCUACUGUCGAUCAGAAUGGGAGGAGAAGGUGCAGGCGGGCCAGAUGAUCCUUGUCACAGCCUUCUCCAGAGAUCAGGAGGAAAAAAUCUAUGUUCAGCAUCGUGUGAAGGAACAAAGCAAACUUCUAUGGGAUCUGAUAGCAAAGAAAAAUGCGUUCUUUUACAUAGCAGGGAAUGCCAAGCAGAUGCCUGCAAGUGUGUGCGACGCACUGAAAGAAGUGUUCCAGAAAGAGGGUGGCAUGUCAGAAAACCAGGCACAGGAGAUGCUGGAUGCCAUGGAGAAAGCAAAACGCUUUCAAAGUGAAACCUGGUCCUGAUCUAUCUAUUAAACCCAUAGCCUUAAUAACCAACAGCCUCAUGUGUGAAAGUGAGUCUGGACUGAGAUUAAAUGGUGUUAAGUGUUGUGGUCCGACCACUUUCUUCUUCCAAGUUGUUCCCCACUGCCUUUGACAAUACAGCUGGGACCUGUAAGUGUAACUUUAGAUAAUAUGAACACACACACAACUAGACCAUGAAUUUGAUUUGAUAUUAGCUGUAAACUAGGUAGUUACUGCUUCCAGUUUUGUUGUACAGAACUGAAGGAUAAAGUGAUAAAGACUUGAAACCAAAGUUGUUCUUCUUUUUUAAUUUCAUAAAAUAAAUAUUGGCCAAACUAUAUGUCCAUAUCCAUCUCACACUUGUAUAUUCUGCAUUAGUGGUUCUCAAUCAGAGGACCUCCACAGACUGUCAAGGUGGCCACGGGAUGACUUAAAUUAAAAAUAUCAAGAUAGAAGCUGAAAUCAUAUUUUUAUUUUCCUUCAAUAACUAUUGUUUUUCUGAAACCGUAGUGCUAACGUCACUAAAUAUAUUAAUAAAAAGUUUGAAAACAAGCAGCUUUGUCAUAAUUACAGCAGACAGACCGUGAUUAUCUUACAAAUAUAGCAUAUACGGGGGACAUGAAUAUUGUGAUGGACAACGAGGAGCCUUCAAGCCAAAAAUGUUGUGAACCUGUUAUACACAAUAACACUGUCAUACAAACACUGCUUUAAAAUAUUAGUUUAUUCAAGGCAAAAUACAGCAUAUGGUUCAGAUAAGAGUUAUGUCAACAGCUGUAAAUUCACACAUGUAACAUUAACUAGUAUAGAUUCAAACUGCUAUAUAAGUUACUAAAAUGUUUUACACACACCAUUCAGUGCCACAGACACAUGUUGAACUCUGAUUAAACAGUCUUAAAUAGGAAAGUUCACCCCAAAAUGACAAUUCUGUCAUCAAAUACUCACAAUCAUGUCAUUCCAAACCUGUAUGACUUUGUGGAACACAAUAAACAACAUUUUGAAGAAUGUUGAUAAGCACACAGAUUUGGUGACCAUUGACCAAAAAAAAC